AUGUCUGCGUUUCUCAUGUCGUCCCUCGCGUGGCUGAUCUGCCAAGGCGAAAGAGGUACGCGAUACCGACUUGUCCGACCUCUCGGAACACCAGCACGCGACAAACCCUCAAACGUGUGGUUAGCGAUAGACGAUUCUAGACCUGAUGCUGAGUACGUUAUCAAAAUACCGCCUGGAGACAACAACCACAAUGGAAAACUGUUUGCAAAGGGUUCUAUGAUUCGCAGACUCGUGGAUUACGUUCCUGAGUCGGAGCUUGCUGGACCAAUGAUGGUCUUUGAAGCAUUCACGGACUCGCUCUGGGAUGCCCGAAAUGCCCGACCGUUCACUACGAAGGAAAUCAAGUGGAUUAUGAAGGGGGUACUCCUUGGUAUUUAUACCGUCCAUAUGAAAGGACUGGUUUAUACAGUUAGCAAACCAUCUACCAGAGAGAUCACCUCCCUCACAUAUCGAAGUCCCGAGGUCCACUUCGGGAGACCUUGGAGUUCGAGCACGGAUGUUUGGUCCUGGGGGAUAAUAUUAGCCCAAUUGUUCCAGGCCCAGGUGGACUUCAUAUCACCUGGAAUGUAUGAUUCAAUCCGAACUGGAAGUAUGAGAAAGAAGCGAGAUGCCAUUCGCGAUCAGCUCGCAGUUGACUUUGACUUGUCAUCGCUGCCAUUCUAUGCUGAAGACGAACAAUGCGCCCGGAUCUUGCCUACCCCACAACCAGAAACGGCUUACAUGUGGGCAAACACCAUGGUAGAGAAGGGCGUUUCGCAUGAGGAUAUCCAAUUCUUGGUGGAAAUUCUACACCCAGAUCCAAACGCACGCCUUACGGUGCGUGAGAUCCUCGAAAGUGAAUAUCUGGACGGCUAAGUAGGAUUAAACUCUGUUCUAACCAUGCGUCGCCGGCGCCAAGUCGG